ACGGCUGUGUGCAGCACUGAUAAUCACCCGGUACCGGUUCGGUACCGCUAACCGCUUUAAAAAAAUGGAUUUUAAACGGACUGGACGGAACUGGAAUCACCCCGGAACGAUAUAAAAGGGCGCGUGGGCUCUACGGUUGUUGUGUUUUUCUCCAUUCGUCUUCUCCCGGUGCGCACGCAGUCCUCCUCAGCGGCGCGUGCCACCUCCGGACUAUAAAAGCUACCCUCUCCGCUCGCGCCUGUUUGGAUGUGUGCUUCCUGCUAGCGCGUAGACCGACCGGCAGAACCAUAAGAAAAAGCAGGAGCAGGCCAGCGCGAGCCAGGAGAAGGCAGGCAGGGAGCUCGCGGGCGCCCAGCACAGCUAGCAGCAGCGGCCGAACCGUGACUCCUCCGAACCAGAGAUGGUCACGUCCGCACCUCGGAUCCUCCUCCUCCUGCUGCUAAUGUGGCUCCAUCACUGCGGUACCGUCCACGGUACGAAGACUGAAUGUGAAGCCAACCAGUUCCAGUGUGGAAACGGCCGCUGCAUCCCGGCCGUGUGGCAAUGUGACGGCGACGAGGACUGCACGGACGGCAGCGACGAGAACUCCUGUGUUCAGAAGACGUGUGCGGAUGUGGACUUUGUGUGCCGCAGCGGUCAGUGCAUCCCAAAGCGCUGGCACUGCGACGGCGAGCCGGACUGUGAGGACGGAUCCGACGAGAGCGUAGAAAUCUGCCACAUGCGGACAUGCCGUCUUAACGAGUUCAGCUGCGGCCCAGGAACCACGCUUUGCAUCCCCAUCUUCUGGAAAUGUGACGGCGAGAAAGACUGCGACAAAGGAGAGGACGAAGUCAACUGUGGUAACGUCACCUGCGCUCUGAACGAGUUCACCUGCGCCAGCGGCCGCUGCAUCUCCAAGAACUUUGUGUGCAACGGCGAGGACGACUGCGGCGACGGUUCGGACGAGGUGGGCUGCGCGCCGUCGUCCUGCGCUCCCAGUGAGUUCCAGUGUGGGAACGCGUCCUGCAUCCCGGCCAGCUGGGUGUGUGACGACGACGUCGACUGUCAGGACCAGUCAGAUGAAGCUCCGACUCGUUGCGGCCGCCACCCGACGCCGCCCGCCAAGUGUUUGCCCAGCGAGAUGCAGUGCGGCUCUGGAGAAUGCAUCCAUAAGAAGUGGAGAUGUGACGGAGACCCCGACUGCAAGGACGGCAGCGACGAGGCUAACUGUCCUGUGAGGAGUUGUGGGCCGGAUCAGUUCAAAUGUGACGAUGGAAGCUGCAUCCUGGGAAGCAGACAGUGUAACGGCAUCAGAGACUGCGCCGACGGAUCAGACGAAAUCAACUGCAAGAACUUGACUCAGUGUAACGGGCCAGAGAAGUUCAAGUGUCGCAGCGGAGAAUGCAUCGAAAUGAGCAAAGUGUGCAACAAGAUCAGAGACUGUCCAGACUGGAGCGACGAGCCCAUCAAAGAGUGCAAUGUGAACGAGUGUCUCCUGAACAACGGCGGUUGCUCCCACAUCUGCAAAGACACGGUGAUCGGCUUUGAAUGCGACUGCACACCUGGACUGCAGCUCAUCGACCACAAGACCUGUGGAGACAUCAAUGAGUGCAUGAAUCCUGGUAUUUGCAGUCAGAUCUGUGUCAACCUGAAGGGAGGCUAUAAGUGUGAAUGCCACAACGGCUACCAGAUGGAUCCGGCUACUGGUGUCUGCAAGGCUGUUGGUAAGGAGCCAUGCCUGAUCUUCACCAAUCGACGUGAUAUUCGCCGUCUGGGUCUGGAGAGGAAGGAGUACACACAGAUUGUGGAGCAGCAGAGAAAUGCAGCAGCUCUGGAUGCAGACUUCAACCAGCAGACCAUCUUCUGGGCCGACCUGGGACAGAGAACCAUAUACAGCACCGUCCUGGACAAGCGAGGAGACGUUGGUGUCCAUAAGAAGGUGAUCGACAACGUCCAGACUCCUCUGGGGAUCGCCGUCGACUGGAUCUAUAAGAACCUGUACUGGUCCGAUCUGGGAACCAAAACCAUUUCUGUGGCAAACUUCAACGGAACCAAACGGAAAGUUCUGUUCAACACGGGCCUGAAAGAACCCGCCUCCAUCGCUGUGGAUCCGUUAUCUGGGUUUCUGUACUGGUCUGACUGGGGAGAGCCGGCUAAGAUCGAGAAGUCUGGUAUGAACGGAGCGGACCGGCAGGUUCUGGUGGCGACUGACAUCCAGUGGCCAAACGGGAUCACACUGGAUCUGAUCAAAGGCCGGCUGUACUGGGUCGACUCUAAGCUGCACAUGCUCAGUAGCGUCGACCUGAACGGAGACAACAGGAACAAGGUGCUGCAGUCUGCAGACUACCUGGCUCAUCCGUUCGCUCUCACUGUGUUCGAGGAUCGGGUCUUCUGGACAGACGGUGAAAACAAAGCCAUCUACGGCGCCAACAAGUUCUCUGGUUCUGAUGUCAUCACGCUCGCCAGCAACCUGAACGACCCUCAGGACGUCAUCGUCUACCAUGAACUGAUCCAGCUGGCUGGUACCAACUGGUGCACAGAGAAAAGUGAAAAUGGCGGCUGCAGCUUCAUGUGUCUUCCUGCUCCACAGAUCAACAAACAUUCCCCCAAGUACAGCUGUGUGUGUCCUGCAGGCCAGGAGCUGGCAGCCGACGGCCAUCGCUGCAGACCUGUGACAGACUCUUCCUCAGAGGACGGUAGUGAAGCUCUAACGCAGCCCAAAGAAGCCAAUGUGAGCACAUCUAUCCAGGUGGACUCCACAGCCAGAGGCUCUGCUGCUGCCUGGGCCAUCCUGCCUGUCUUGCUGCUGGCCAUGGCCGGAGCAGGCGCCUACCUGAUGUGGAGGAACUGGCAGCUGAAGAACCAGAAGAGCAUGAACUUUGACAACCCAGUCUACCUGAAAACCACAGAAGAAGACCUCAACAUCGACAUCACCCGCCACGGCGCCAACGUGGGCCACACCUACCCAGCGAUUUCAAUAGUGAGCACAGACGAUGAUUUAUCCUGAUCGUUCUCAGGAUUUUGGUUUUUUAUUUGUUCUUUGCGGAAACCUCCUCCGUGUUACGAUGCCAACGGUUCGCCGUAACGGCGGCCCUUACAGUUCAACCACAUGCCUUCAGAAGUGCAUUAAGUCCUGAUCUGUGGUGAAGAGGAAAUGUUAUUUAUUAUGUGAAUACUUCCAUGAGUUUUCCAUGUUUACUCCAAAGUGUUAAGGAAUUUUUCUUUUUGUUUUUCCAACAUUGUCUUUGCCCGUCCGUUCAGAGAACAGUUUUCUCUUUGAGGGUCUUUCCGUGUUCUGCCUGGACUGAACAUCUGAAGAACUGGGUGUCUUCAUCAAACUGUUCCCUGGUUCUGAUUUAAACCGGGUCAAAGUUCUCAGGUCUUAAUGGGGAAGAAGUCUGGAGACUAAAAGACGAGUAUUUAAUUAUGAAACAGGAUGUUAAUAUUUCUGAUCAUGCUUUGCUGACUAAUGUUAGGGUUUCUUCUGUUAAUUGCAUUAUUAUUGCUGCUGCUGAGAUCACCAUGGUUACAGCGUUUGUAAACAGUGUAAAUAUAUUUCCUCCCUCAGAGAUGUGACUGUAAAUCAGGACUCUCUUCAAUGCACUUUGAUCAAAGUUCUCUGUAAAUAAGAUUGUAUACACUGACUUGAAUCUUUUUUUGCUAUGGCUGGGUUCCUCACCAGAGUUCAGAUGUAUUUAAGGAGAGCAGAGGAGGAAAAACACAAAUGAAUUUGGUAAAAAUUACUAUUUUGUAUGUUUGUGCUGUUGCUGUGAACUUUUUAUAGCCUUGUACAGUGAAGGAGAAUGAAAUGAUCUGUAUCUGAAGGAACUGAUUCGUAAAGAAAUUUUGAAUUAAAACAUCAGUGUUCAAAAAUCC